AUGACACCACCGUAUCUCGUAACGCUGAACAAAAUACCCGGUAUCGACCGUCAUGAGCUUGAGAAGCUAGCGCGGAAGGAGGGCAGCGGCAUCACAGACGAAGCCAUGACCUUCAAGAAGCCCUUCCAGACCGUCGUCCGGCCGCCCACCACGAAUCACAAUAUUCACGACGAUUAUAUAAAGCAUCCCCCAGAAAUUUGGCAAGAAAGAGGGCGCAUUCAAAUCUUAGCCGAUGGAGAGAGUGAAGAGACUAGGCCAAAGCAGGCAGAUGUUUCAGGCGUAGACGCGUAUCUUGUGUUUUUGGGAGGCUGA